UUUACUUUGUGUGUGAUAACAAGGCUUUUCACAACUUAUCCACUUAGGUUCAACUCUAUGACUCUAAAGAUUAUCUAUUUUAUAAAUAACAGUUUAUUUUUCAAGCCAUAAUUCACAACAAAAAUAUACAAAUUGUGCGAUGUAAGAGGUUGAUAAUCAUGGAACCAUUGGUCCAGAUUUUUUUGUAAUUUACGUAUUUUCAAGUCCAGGAUUGAUUGAUAAGCAGCUCUGUUUAAUGAGUUCAACGACUUUAACUAUGAAAUUUAGAGCAAUUGCUCGCUUUAAACGGUUUGUUUCCCAUAUUAAUCAAUUUUUUGGACAAAAUUUGGACCCUUUCAAAGGAAUUGAACAUUUAUACUUCUUGGAAGAAUCCAGUAAGCGUCUCUAUAUCUCUUACCGAGGAUAUUCAAAUGAAAAGACCAAAUUAUCAACUGACUAUUUGCUGAAGAGUGUCCUCAUUGAAAUUGGUAAUUUCCUUGCUAUUGGACGAUUAACCCUUCUCUGUUUCACCUCAAAUGCCUUUGUGACUACCUACCUUGGAGAUUUUUACAUCAACACUACCAUUCGUUUUUACAUGAACAAUACUCUUGCCGUGGUUGGUUGGCUCGUUGUUUUAAUGCGUUCCAUGCUUUUCUGGCAAGACAUUAAUCAUCAGCGUGAAUGGUUAUCUACUUUUGCUUUUAUCAAAUGUCACGGGUUCAAUGCGUCUUUGUUAAAAAUCACAUCCUCGGGCGCCAAUCAAUUGAGAAAUAAGGUUUACCUCACUAGGAUUUUUUAUACAGUAACGAGUUUAUUCACAGCUUUUUUUAUUGCAGCCUUAAUUUUUUAUUCAUUUCUAUCAAAUCCAUACUCAUAUUUAUCUCGUCGAUUACUCUUUUGUCAACUCUUUUGGGCCUCGCUAACUAUAUGGCAAGCUUACAUAGAUGUUUCAUCAACUGUUUGGCUAGUUGCUCAUAUUUACCUUCUUACCGUUUAUUGUUCUCUACAACUGGAUGCUGUUGAUCUAUCCAUUGCUCGAAUAUUAACUAAACGCUCGUCCAAUGGAAAGUCACCACAUUUCGAUCAGUGUUUACCCAAUCAAGCCCUCAGAUCCUUGGUUGUGGAUCAAAAUUAUGCAGUUAGUUGUAUCUACAAAUUCAGGUCUCAAAUCAAACAUUUCAUUUCACUUGGUUAUUUCUAUGCGUGUUUUGGAGCAGAUUUCAUGUUCUAUUCCGUCUCAGUUAUGCCAACUGAUCAAAUACUCUACAACAUAAUAGUAGCUGGACUCGGAGUUGAAACAAUGUUUAUAUCUAUGACAAUUAUUUUGAUUCUUUCAAAAGUCUCAGCCAAGGCAGCUGAAUCCUACGGAAAGUAUCAUAUGAUCAUUGAAGAAGCUAAACCUGGUGUAACGACUAAACGAAUGGUUUCAGGAGUUUUAGAAACAAUUGGCGAUUCGUUUAUUGGAUUUUACAUUGGAGAUGUUUUCAAGGCAACAAUGAAUCAAUACGUUGAAUUUGUUUUAGGUAAUUGCAGCAUGAUGCUUAUGCUUAUUAGUACUAUGCGUCAAAUUAGCUGAGACGAGCGGACCAAAAAGCAAGAUGAAUCUAUGGAUUUAAUGGUGCUUUGGAUCACUGAAUCAAAGUAAAAGUUCACCGGUUCAAAGGCUCAAUCCAAUUUGUUCAAUAUUAAUUUCAUUUCUCAUCUGUAAUAAGUGAACGGAAAGUGGAAAAGUUAACAGUGAAUCAAAUUGAUGAAAUUUUUUAAAGACAAAGAAUCAAGAACUGAAUCAGAGUAUCAACAAAGCUGACAAAAAGAUAUCAGUUUCCUGGUGUUUAAAAUGAGUUAUCAUUUUUGUUAUAUCGUGUUGAACUGGAAAAGGAAAGCGCUCAAUAGAUGUUGAAUUGAAUUAACAAAAGGUUAACUAUUCUUGGGAAUCUAACGUGAUAAAGAAAAGCUAAAAAGGUUACAAAAUGGAAAGCUUUUGUUGAGAAGCCACAAUACCUGAAAAAAGGAGGUUGGUUUAAACGAUGAACUGGGAGUUGAAUACAAAUGAAUAACCGAUUCAAAGAUGUACUACAAACUGAAGGUUAUAAAAAAAUGUAACCAUUUUUUCCUCUCAUAUUGUUAAUGAUAACAAGAAGCCUUUAAAUUAAGUUAAAAUAGACAGUAUUAGUUUCAUGAAUGUUAAUAGGAUCAUCAUCACCAUCACCAUCACCAUCAUCAACUUCAUCAUCUUAAAUAACAUUUACUUUAACUGGGAGUGAAGUUUCCGCUUUGAAUUCCCUAUUUAUUUAUCAUUUUUAGGCUACAUUUUUGCCUUUUCAAAUGUAAAUUACAUUUCAAACCUCUUAUGAGUCUUAUUAUUUUAUCGUUACUUUCAACUUUCUCUUUUCAUUGCACACAUAAAAAUUCAUUCAUAUUUAUAUAGAUAAAUAUACAUGCAUUUGUAUGUACAGAGUGAUGAAAAAAUAUUUGCUCCAGACUUUAAUCAUCAUAAAAAUCAUUAACUAAUGUAACUAAAACAAUAAUAUGUAAAAAUGUAGACUAUUACUUGGAUUGAGCUCGUCGCUGUUUUAAAGUAACAAUCAAAUCUAGGAACAAUUUACUAUUCAAAUAAUUUCACAGUUAUCAAGUGUUGCUAAGUGUUUAUAAACAUUGUGAUAAUAAUUAAAACUGAUUAGAUGCUCAAUUCAAGUGUAGUUGUAAAAUUUAGUCAUUAUUAUGUUAAUAAGUUAUUCUUGUCUUGUUAUUUGAUGACAGUUUGUCAAGUUCAUAAAUAUGUAUUAAAAACUGAUUAUAUUUUGCUCAAUA